CUGACGUACAUCGAAAGUGGAAAAUACAGCUUUUGUUAUCUGCUUAGCCGCUGCUAUUAUAUAGUUACAUCGAUAGACAAUCAUCAACUCAUUUCUCUUCGCGCCAUUACCAAGAAUUACAACAAGAUGAUGAAAUCUUCGCUCUACGCGUUGUUUUCCCUCCUGCUCCUCGCAGCAUUGGUUCAAGAGGGAAAGGCAGACGCUUGCACAAACAUUGGUGGUACCUGCUUAGAUUAUACUGCAUACAAAUGUACGGCUGGUUACGUGUCUGGACUUUGCGCUGGCUCUAACAACAUCAAGUGCUGCCAAAAUUGCGACGCAACAUGCCUAAGCAAUGAGAGUACCUGGUCUCAAUCAGAUGGCGCAUGCACUUCAGCUGGUGGAAGGUGUAUGGACAAUACCAAUUAUUGCGCUGGGACUUACUCUGGUGGAAAAUGCGGUGGCCCUGCAACUCGUCAAUGCUGCGUACUCCGUACUGGAAGAACAAUGACCGAACGUGGUUACACUCUCAUUAAAUGUUUUGAAGGACUUUGCUUAAACGCUUACAAGGACGUUGGUGGCAUUUGGACGAUUGGUUACGGUAACACUCGUUGGGAAGAUGGCAGGGCAGUUGCAAGUGGAGAUACGUGCACAAAGGCACGUUGUGAUUCGCUUUUUAAUUACUGGGUCGAUGAGAGUUUCGCACCGGCAGUGGACGCGGAUAUUGGCUCACCAUCACCGGACGUUAAUCAGGUCCAAUUCGAGGCUUUAGUCUCGUUUACUUACAAUGUUGGAACAGCGGCAUUCCAUUCUUCCACUUUAUUGAAGAAAGUUCAAGCCAAUCCUAACGAUCCCACUAUUCGAGAUGAAUUCAUGAAAUGGGUGAAUGUUAACGGUGUACCAGUUCAGGGUCUGAUUAACCGCCGCGAAAAGGAAGCAGAUUAUUAUUUCAGUGUUGAUAACAGCGUCUGCACAACUGCUGUCACUUGUUAAUAACAAAUAAUAACGAAUAAUAAUUUUCCCACUUAUUGAUUUAUAUUCUACCUAUCACAUUCUAAUAUGGUAAUCAGUGAUUAGAAAGCCUAAAUUUAUUGCUGUGGAAAAUAUACAUUUAGUUUUAGUGAGCAAAUCA